UGUCUUCUGGUGCAACAAAACUCUUCCAAUAGAACCAGAAGAAAAGCAAAAUACAAAGAAAACACAGUAAAACCCAAGAGAAGGAAGUAAGAGCGAGUGUAGAAAAAAUCAAACCCAAAAGACGUAGACUCCAUGAGAAAAAAACCCAUGAGAGGAAAAGACUUUGUUAGUACUUAAAUAGAAUUAAAUAUUUUGAAGCCCAGUCAAAUGUUGAGUCAAAUUUUCCUGGCCGCCUCUUUCUUCACCCUUCAUCUUCUCCUUAUUCACCCUCUGGAUCACUUCUCUGAAGCAGUAGAACCCAUUUAAACGCAAAAAUCCAGAAUCCCAAAAAUCCCUCCUUUGCUCCCCAUAGAACCCAAAAAACCCCAGCCAAGCGCCUCCCUUCUCAGCUCUGGGUAUCAGAAAUCUAGACAACUCUCUGUCUGGUUCUUGGGUAAAAUUCUUAGCCACUAUCGGUUCUUCUAUCCAAAAUCUGACACCCAAAGUACCAAGCCCCUCCUCUAUGUCUGCAAAAAUCGAUCUCCCAAAAGCGUGUCUUUCUGUCUUGUACACCGGAGCCAGUCCCCCUUCAUCCACCACCGUUGGAUUGCUCAGUUUUUGAGAUUUUAGAGAGACCCCAAAUUUUAUCGUGCUACUUAGUUUAAGUCCUCGAGCGCGCACAUACAGAGUGACAACUUGAACGGUCGCUGAACUCUGAAGGUUCAAAUGUUCAAACUUAGCAAAGUUGAGCACACAUUUCGUUUGCCGCCUCAUCUACUUAGCCUCGCUCUUGAAGAAGCUAUCAAGUUAGAACUGGAAAGUCUUUUCUUAGAUAAGGUUAUUGCAAAUUUGGGACUUUGUAUAUCUGUAUAUGAUAUUCAAUCCAUUAAAGGAGGGUUUAUCUUUCCUGGAGAUGGUGCUUCAACCUAUACGGUUGUUUUCAGACUAAUUGUUUUCCAACCAUUUGUUGGAGAGAUUAUUGCUGCAAAACUUAAAGAAUCUGAUGCGAAGGGUUUGCGCUUGACACUAGGAUUUUUUGAUGACAUAUACGUACCUGUCCAUCUUUUGCCAAAUCCUAGCAGUUUUAAGCCAGAUUCCAAUAAUAGGAAUUAUGUAAGAUGGGUAUGGAACUAUGGUGGUGGCGAUUUUAUUAUUGACGGGAUAGAUCAGAUUAAAUUUCGAGUUCACAGCGUCACGUAUCCUCCAAUUCCAGUUGAGCAACCGGAGCAAUCGAAGCCUUUUGCACCUAUGGUGGUUACUGGAUCAAUUGAUUAUGAUGGACUGGGUCCAGUUUCAUGGUGGGAGGAUGUGAUGGAAGUUGAGGAAUCCUGAGCUUUGCUGAUGGGAACAUGCACAAA